GCGGCCCCGGAAGGAAAGGGCCGUCGAAAUAGUGGCGGAAGGACUCGAAUCCCGGCGCGAUGUCGCGGGCUAAGGCAGCUAUAGUCCUGUGUAUGGAUGUUGGCUUUUCAAUGAGUAAUGUUGUUCCUGGAGAAGAGUCUCCUUUUGAACAAGCCAAGAAAGUGAUGACAUUGUUUGUGCAACGACAGGUGUUUGCUGAGAGUAAAGAUGAAAUCGCCUUGGUUUUGUUUGGCACAGACAGCACUGGAAACACGCUUGCAAGUGAGGGUCAGUAUCAGCAUAUUACUGUACACAGACACCUGUUUCUUCCAGAUUUUGAUUUGUUGGAAGACCUACAAAAUGGGAUUCAGCCAAGCUCUGAACAAGGAGACAUUCUUGAUGCCCUUAUUGUGUGCAUGGACUUGCUUCAAAAGGAAACAAUAGGGAAAAAAUAUGACAAACGACACAUAGAGGUUUUUACUGACCUUAGCAGUCCCUUUAGUGAGGAUCAGCUGGACAUUAUUGUGGCUAACAUGAAGAAAACCGGGAUCUCCCUGCAGUUUUUCUUGCCAUUUUCAGGGAAUGACAGUGGUGGAGAUGCGAACAGUGAGGCCCAUUCUAGUAGGCACCAAAGCUCUUUUCCAAGGAAGGGGCUAACUGAGCAGCAAAAAGAAGGCUCUCUAAUGGUGAAGAAACUCAUGUUUGCAUUAGACAAAGAAGAUGGUCUGGAGGACAUUUAUACUUUCAGGGAGAGCCUGGAGCGUCUUUCAAUGUUUAAGAAGAUUGAACGGAGACCCAUGGCUUGGCCCUGCCAACUCACAAUUGGUUCUAAAUUGUCUAUAAGGAUCACAGCCUAUAAAGCAGUCACUGAGGAAAAAGUGAAAAAAAGCUGGAUGGUUGUGGAUGCCAAGACACUAAAAAAAGAUGAUGUGCAGAAAGAAACUGUUUACUGCUUGAAUGAUGAUGAUGAAACAGAAGUUCAGAAAGACGAUAUUAUUCAGGGGUUUCGCUACGGGAGUGAUAUAAUUCCCUUCUCUAAAGUAGAUGAGGAACAGAUGAAAUACAAAACAGAUGGAAAAUGUUUUGCUGUCUUGGGAUUCAGCAGAUCCUCUCAGGUCCUGAGACAUCAGUACAUGGGCAGCCAGGUUUUGAAAGUCUUUGCAGCACAGGAUGAUGAGGCUGCAGCCAUUGCACUUUCUUCCCUGAUUCACGCUUUAAAUGAGUUGGAUAUGGUGGCCAUAGUGCGCUAUGUCUAUGAUAGAAGAUCUCAGCCCCAGGUUGGGGCAGCCUUUCCUUUAAUUAAGAAUGAAUAUGAGUGUUUAUUAUACAUGCAGUUGCCUUAUAUGGAAGAUCUGAGGCAGUACAUGUUUUCCUCUUUGAAAAAUAAUAAAAAAUGCACUCCAACAGAAGAUCAGUUGUGUGCAGUUGACUCCCUGAUUGAUUCUAUGAAUUUGAUUUAUGAAGAUGAGAUAGAAGGGACAAUGGAGGAUAUAUUUAAAACCAGCAAGUUCCCAAACCCUCAAUUCCAACGAUUGUUCCAGUGCCUACAGCAUAAGGCUUUCCACCCUGAUGCACCUCUGCCUCCUCUUGAAAAGCACCUCACAGACAUGCUGGGGACACCUCAAGAAGUGAUGGAGAGAUGCCAGGAUCCUCUUAAAAAAUUGAAAGCACUCUUCCCCUUGAAGGAUGCAGGCAAAAUAAAAGAACAGAAGACAGCUCAGAAUAUCUUCAAAGACAAUAGUGAAGAUGGGCCCAAUGCUAAAAAGGCAAAAAAUGAAGACGAUGAAAGUGACUUCAGCAUUGGGAAACUUGCUGAAGGCGAUGUCACCACAGUCGGAAGUGUUAAUCCAGCAGAAAACUUCAGAGUUCUGGUGAGGCAGAAGAAUGUUAACUUCAAGGAAGUAAGUCAGCAGCUAAUAAAACACAUUCACCAGUUUCUGGAAAACAGAGGUGUAUUGUACUAUAUGAAGAGCAUUGGCUGCAUAAAAGUUUUCAGAGAAGAAGCUGUUAAGUUGUCACAGGUGCAGUGCUUUAAUGAUUUUCUGGAAGGCCUGAAAAAAAUGGUGGAAGAUAAAAACCUAUCUGGUUUCUGGGAGAUCAUAAUACAAGAUGGAAUCUCCUUGAUUAACAAAGAAGAGGCUGAAGGAAGCUCUGUGACAGUGGAGGAUGCCAAAAAGUUCCUUGCUCCCAAAGAAAAGCCCAUGGAAAUUUCACCAGUGGCAGAUGAAGGUGAUGAUGUUGAUGAUCUGCUGGACAUGAUUUAAGUGGAUUAGCAAUUUCUAGCAAUCAGUGGAUCUGGAGAUUUCUCUGAGCUUCAGGAAGAACCACGUGAUGACUGGCUGGGAAGUUUUCUCUAGGUGCUCAUUCCAGAAAGCACACCAGUUCCAAGGAAACUGCCUUGUACAGUAUAUGCAUUUUUGUUUUCUUUGUUUGCAAUGACACAUCAGAAAAAUUAUCAUCAGUUAUCCAUAGAAUCUUAUCUACUAAAUCAUCCUUUAAUGUGACUGAUGAUGAACAUUCUUUGCUACCAGUGGAAUUUCACAACUGUUGUAACAAUGCUUUGUUAUACAUGUAAGAUGUUCUGAUUGCUUCAUUGCACUGGUGUAAGAUUGGGAGUCUAGAUUAACUUUCUAUGCAAGUAUGUGUGAGUGUGUUUCUUGACCUGCUUAAAGCCAUACAGCAUGUUCAUUGCCACCUAUAAAUGCCUGAAAUGCUGUUGAAUAAUUUCAGAAUCUGUUCCAAAGAUCCAUAAACUAGCAGAGCAAUUCUCAUGGCAAAUGUUUGCCUGUACUCAUGCAUAGAUUUUGUGCUCUUUCCAAUGUAGCACAAACAAAUAAGUUAUUGUACUUUGGGCUUUGUUGCUAUGAUGAAUAGCUGACAGCUACAAAAGUAGGAUAGCUGGGACUUCACUCCAGAGAUGGCCCUCUACUUCAAAAAAUUCAGAGGCAGCUACUGUAAUUCUUGCAUAGGUUCUGACAUUGAGCCUCUUGCUUACUAGAGGCAGGAUAACUCCUUUGUGGACCUGCAGCAUGUAAGAGAAGAAUGGAUGAUGGCACAAUUAGAGGAGAAGACUAAACACUACAAUGGCUGCGCCCUUUCCAGCUGCCUUGGAGCAUUUAUACAUGGUAAGAAUAGUUUUGGGUAUGAACCUGGCAUUCCGGAGGACCUUGAAAUAGUUGACUAUACAUUCCAAUCACUUUCUUCUGUCUGCUCCACGCCCCCCCCCCCCAUCCAAGGUUGUCUUUGGAAUGCUUCCUUUUAUAUUUUUCUACGCAGUUACUAUCUUCGACUCUUUUCCUAAUCUCCCUUUUCCUAUGGUAACUUGGAAGUCUCACAAUCUGCCCCGUUGUAAGCACCAUUAA